UCUUCUAUUCUCAUUCACCCAAUCCAUCACCCUACCCUAUUUUAAUUUAUCAUUUAUUUAUUUAUUUAUUUCUCUCUACACCUGAAUUAUCCUGCCCGUACACGUGUCCUCGCGAUGGCGCCGAAGGUAUGGCCCUCGCCGUCGCCGGCGGCGGACGCUUACCGACACGAACUGCGUUUCCGGGGAGUGAGAAAGAGGCCGUGGGGGAGGUACGCCGCCGAGAUCCGGGACCCCGGGAAGAAGACGCGGGUGUGGCUCGGCACCUUCGACACGGCGGAGGAGGCGGCGAGAGCGUACGACGCCGCCGCCCGGCGGUUCCGCGGCCACAAGGCUAAGACGAACUUUCCGCCGCUGGUUUUGAUGAGUCGCGAGAAUAGUAACGAAUUGUUCGGCGAGAGCGCCGCCGUCAAGCCGUCGCGCCGCGCGGCGGCGGCGGCGCCACCUCCGCCGGCUGCAAUAGUCGUGCAGGAUCUCGCAAGUUUCGAGCUCGUUUUCGGCCGCCGACCGAUGAGGUUCCCGUUCCAGAACAGUCUCCGCCGCCGCGUCGCUGCGACGGCGGCCGAUUGCUCGGCGGAAGAAGCGGCGGUUAUCGGCUUCCGGCCGGAGUCGCGGCAAAAAAUCGCGGAGGUGAUGAACAAAAUGCGUCUCGUGCCUGUGGAAUUUCGCGGCGGAGACCGGUGGGCGGACCAUUUGUCGCCGGCGGCCGUCGAUCCUCCCAAAGGCAUAAAUCUUGAUCUCAACCUGCCUCCGCCGCCGGAUUUUCUAUGAUCCGGCGGCGGAAACUGAUAUGAUCUCCGUCUUGUUAAAAUUUCCGGCGGCAUUUACUGGUGUUAUCGGAGCUACGAUUUUCCGGCAAUAUUAACGGCGAAAUUACGUCAAUGUCUGUCGGCGUUGGAAUCUCUGAUAUGAUCUGACGUGUGGUUUUGUCUGUUUUCGGAAAAAAGUGGAUUGGUCGGAAAAAAUGGACCGGAAAAUGUAGCAGUUAUGGCCGUCGCACGUGGGACCCAUGUCUGUACGGAUGCCGCCGUGUCUGUAUAUGUAAAUCUAAUUAAAUUUUCUUGUUUAGUACCAAAUUUUUAUUUUACUGAUCAUUGCAGGCAAUAAAAUCUAAUUAGUUAA